AUGCGGCGAAGAGGCCAAGCUGUGCCCUUGUCCCAAGACGAGUGGGUCAAGUCGCUUCAGGAGCAGGUCGCGGCGCAGCAGGCUACCAAGCCACGCGGCCGUCGCCGCCCCGACGACGACAACGAGCCGGCUGUGCUUGCGGAGGAUGCUCCGAUGACCGCGGCCGCACCGACGGGCGGUCGACGCCGCCUCACGCAGCAAAUGACGCAAGAAGACUAUGUGCGGUCGCUCCAAGAACAGAUUCGCCUCAAGCACCAACGCGAGGCCGACGAAAAGGCUGCAGCCAUGGCCGAGCCGCCCGCGAUACUUGAAGCCAAGGCGCCGGUAGCACUACCUAUAGCAAACAAUGACGUGCGCGGCCGGCGACGCGUGCAGCAACUGUCACGGGACGAAUGGCUUGCGUCCAUCGAGCAGCAACAGCAGCAGCAACAAGCUCUCAAAGUGGACGAGCCACCCAAGCGCGGCCGCAUGACCCGCGAAGAGUACAUUCGGUCGUUGGAAGCUCGGAUCGAUCACGCGGCCGAAGAGCCUGCCGCACCCACUCCAGUGCCACUACCAGUCCCAGAACCAGAAAAAAUCCCAGCAUCAAGUCCAGAGAAACCGAACGACCCUGUCGUUGAAGAAGCGUGCAUCAGCGAUUCGGAAGAGCAACGCACAUCGCCGGCAACAACCCCCGCGGUGAAACCAAAGGCGUCCAAGCUGGUCAAGCCAAAACAAAAAGCUCCUGCUGCCAAGAAGGUAGCGAAGAAGGCGCUGUCAUCGGCCAAGGAAUUGCCACCCGCAAAUGCCAAAGCCCAUCGACGGACCCUACCGCUGCCGUCGUCACCGCCUCAAGCGCUCAAUAUCAUCGAGAUACCGUCCCCCGUUGCCGCCGUCAUGGACGCAUACAAGGAGAUCCAAGCUCAGAACGUCGCGAUGAAGGCGCAGUUGGAAGAGCAGCGGCAGUUGCUUCAAGUCAUUCGCGAGAGCAUCUCAGCACCACCAGCCGCUGCCACGCCGCCACAGCGACUUCUACCACCCGGCACGAUUGCAAAAACAGCUCGCGGACGGUCCAAGAUACCGACGCGGAGCUCAUCUUUGUCGUCCUGUGCCAACACGGCUGCCGAGUUCUUGUUUAGCGCGGCCUGCUCUCUUGGCCCCGCUCGAGUCACUUCCAAGCCCGAGUCACACCAUGCUGCGCCCCACCGCCACGCCUCCCCGCUCGAAUGGACGUCGCCAAUGUCGAACGCCGCGGGCUCUUGA